GCUUUAACAUGUUUUGUCAGACAAAUAUUGAACUUAAUACUAGUUAGUCAAAGAAAUUUAGUCGUUGUUUAAUUAAUUUUUAUUCUAGAUUAUUUGCACUGCAGGAAAUGCUUUGAAAUUUUUAAAAACGCAUCGUCAAAAUCGAUAAAACCGUAUAUGUAUGUUACAACUAACUGCUUACUUAUUGCUUAAUGUCAUGGAACGAAGGGAAAGGCAGAGAUGCGUAUACAUUUCUGCUAAUCAAAAAAAGAAGCUCAUUGAAUUGAUCACAAAACACCCUGAGUUGAUAUCGUGCAAAUUAAACCAAAAUUUUAAUUACAAGGACUCACAAAAUAUAUGGCGUAGCAUAGCUAACGAGUGUAAUGCUAUACCGGGAGCAAAGAAAACAUGGACGCAAUGGAGGAAGACAUGGUAUGAUCUACGAUGUAAUACUAAAAGGAGGCGCGCAGAAACAAAUGGAGUAACCACAUCUAAUGUUUUCCUGACUCAGGCUGAACAAGAGGCAUUGGGUAUUAAAAGUUCCAAUGAGGAGACUCCACUAGAAGAUAUGCAUGAAGAAAAUUUAAGUGACAUAUCUGCUGCAUCUUUAAGCGAACCUGAAUCAUUACCGGAACAAAAAGUUAAUAUAUCCACGGUGGAUAUAAACUUUCCGAAAAAAAACAAAAAUUCCUCAAAAAAUUCAGGCAGUUGUAACUUAAGUUGUGAUAUAAUAGCUGCACAGGAACAGAGAAAAUUAGAGAUGAAAGAAGAUUAUUUGAGUUUUAAAAAGGAGUAUUUGAAACAGAAGCUAACAUUGAUGAAAGAACAAAAUGAUGCACUUAAAAGUAUAGCAAAAGAACUCACAAAUAUGAAAUGAAUGCAUUUAAAAAAUAUAAAUAAGUUAGCAGUUAUUGUUUUGUCAUAUUUUAAAUAAGAUUCUUAGAUAAAUAGACUAAAGAGAUACAGUUGGAACUGGACGAGCAAAUAGUCCUGAUGUUUUUAGCGCCUAAAACCACUUUAAUCACAUGUACAGUUGCAGUUUUUUUAAUG